CACACACACACACAUGUCGGACACGAUUUCGUCGGGGGACAGGAGACGACGGUUUGCAAAGGCAUGCGAUCUAUGUCGCGCCAAGAAAGUGAAAUGUGACGGCACCAGACCUGUCUGCGGCAAGUGUCUCAACCUGCAGGCGGCUUGCAACUACGCCGAUGUCAGCAAGCCAACGCAACGACGGCAACCCCGCCAACAGGCUUGCCAAAUCGCUGCUUCGGGCUCAUCUCCGAGAACACCGCAUCAUGGCGCCACUCCAGAAGGGCCUAAGCAUCAAGGUCCUGUUCAGCGGCAGAGCCGCACUCCCUCAGCCGGCCAGAGUUCCAGUUCCCGGUCACAAGGCCUGGGCAGUGUUUCUCUGUCUGAAGCAAUGCCUUCCCAAGACCCAUCGAAUUCGGCUUAUGCAACUCAACCAAGACCAUACAGCCCGAGACUCAUUGAUGGGGGCUGGCCGAGAUUUGCGGUAUUUCGGCUCUUCUUCGGCAAUUUCGUUGCUUCGAACCCGGCCCCUUUCAGCAGAACUUCCAGCCACCCGUGAAAGGACUGGAAGGCCAGACUCGGAGGCAGGGCCCUGGUCUCUUUGGACUCAUCCCAGAUUACAGGGCGUCUUCGAGAGGAGGUCACACUGUCCCCUCCCGCCUUGGACUGAAGCUUUGUCAUUGGUAAAUGCAUUCUUUGAGCAGGAACACACGGCACUGCCUCUGUUCCACCCACCGGCCUUUAUCGCUCUUCUCGGGCAACAGUACUCGGGAGAAUCUGAACGAAGCCCCGCUUGGUGGACUGCAUUUAACGCUGUCCUCGCAAUCUCCCACCGACAACGCGUGGAAGAAGGCAAGUCGGCGGAGAGGGAGCGGAUGUGGGGUUACGCUGCAAACGCCCUGGAUACUGUCCUCGACAUCCUCCUGAGAGUCACGCAACUCAUGUCAGUCCAGGCCCUUCUGAUCCUUGCCUGGUUCUUCCUGGGAACCCCUAAUCCACAACCCAGCUUCAUGCUGGUGGCAAACGCCAUCCGUCUAGCCCACUCCAUCGGACUCCACAGAAAGAACUGCGGCUCCUCCUUGAGUCCGAUAGAACGGGCGACUCGAAUGAAUGUGUUCUGGCUGGCAUUUUCCUUGGAUAGGGAGCUGAGCCUUCGUACGGGCAGACCUCCCGCACAAGACUUUGGCGACUUUGAUGUGGAUCUGCCUGAUCCGCAGAUGCAGCCUGAUUUCAGCAACGGUUGCCCCUCGACUCUAUCUUUCAAUGCAUUUUUUGCUGGCACCCGACUUGCCGUCAUUCAGGCCAAGCUAUACUCUGAGAUGUACUUGAGCGAAUCGCUUCUACCCGAGGCUGUCAGGGAAGCGACCAGAAGUCUUGAUCGAGACCUGCAGGACUGGCGGGAAACAUUUUCGUUCGGCCUCGACCUCGAAGGCUGCCCGGGGCUAUCGAGGCACGCUGCGAUCCUGCGCCUUAAUUACACAUACUAUCACACCGUCAUUCUGGUUCACAGGGCCCAAAGCGACAUAGACUGGAGGUCCAGCAACUUGGAAAACCCCCAGGCUUUCUCCUCUCAAUCCAUUGAGCACUCAGUACAAGCUGCAAGGUCCAUAUUGAAGAUUGGGCCCCUCGUCCCGGACACCUGGCAAAGUGUUCUAUGGGAUGUUAUUCCCAUCAACGUGACGGCCAUCAUCGUUCUGUCCCUGCACAUUCUGCGUCGACCGGACUCCCACAGCGCAGCUGAUGAUCUGAGCCUCAUCUCCAACGGUGUUCGACGUCUCAUCUCGCUUGGCCAUGAGGAAACUGAUUCAUAUCUGAGACCUGUCACCGCAGCGUGCCAGGGCGUCUACAAUGCUGCUGUGAAGGCUGCGAGAGCACAUAGCAUUAUGUCACUGGAGAGCCUUGAUCGUGACCUCGGACGCUCCGUCACGGUCUCGAGUGGAACUGAAGCCGGCCCGGGAAGCCGAACGUAUGGCCUGAGAAUCUCUCUGCAGACGACGCCGAGGGCGGCCUCCCCCUUCAGGUUUGAGUCGGAACCCGGGUUGCUCACAAACCCACGGAGUCCACUCGUCGACACCACCAACAACAUUCCAUGGGAUCAAACAAUGACGGACAGAGAAAUAGUUCCUUGGGAGUUUGAAUAUCUUCUAGGCGACAACUGCUUCGAUCUUUUUGGAUGAAUCUGUACCAAAGCGUUACCGCAAUCAGAG